UCAGGGAUUAUGACAGUCAAAGAAAAUGAUAUUCAGCCUUAUGAUUUGAAGAAAAUUCAACAGCUUAGAGAACUUGUGAAGGAUGAUAUUUCGGAGUAUUACAACACGGAUUUCAAUAUUCUACGAUGGCUACAAGGACACAACACCCUGCCCAUCGAAGAAAUCGCCAGAAAAAUGAAGUUCCACCUGAAUCUUCGUGCGGCAUGGAAUUUGGAUGAGCUUCACAAAAAGGAAAGAAAUCACCCGAUACACAAACAUUGGAAGUAUGGAAUCACGGGUCCAUCGGGACAUAUGGACAAUGUUAUUGUUAAUAUUGAACAGUGCGGAAAAACCGACUAUACAGGAAUGAUGGAAACAUAUUCAAUUUUGGAAGUGAUGAGAGCACGCAUGGUGGACCUCGAGCAAAUGUUGCAUCAUGUUAUGGAGCUUGAAGCAAAAACCGGAAAGCAGGCUUGGAUUCUAUACGUCAUGGAUAUCACUGGUCUACAAUAUAACAAGAAGCUGUAUGAUUUGGUGACUGGUUCCAUGAAAUCAUUGGCUGAUUUCAUGGCCGACCAUUAUGUCGAAAUGAUUAAGUAUUUCGUUCCCGUGUGUGUACCAAGUUUUGCAACUGCGUUGUACGUUGUUGUACGUCCACUGUUACCCGAGAAGACACGAGAAAAGGUUCGAUUGAUCGGUGAGACCAACUGGCGAGACGACGUUCUACAGUAUGCGAUUCAUUCAUCUCUGCCUUCGAUUUGGAACAACGAGAAUCACACUUUUGGCGGUUUCAUUGAAUUGCCAAUCGGUUACCCAACGGAUGGAUAUUAUUCGGCCAAGAAUCAUAGUGUCGUAAAAAAUGCUCAAACAGUCAACGUACCCUAUGGAAAAAUUCAUGUUGUCACAAAAUUCAUCAAGGCUGGAAGAAAACUCAGAUGGUGGGUGCGAGGAAAUCGGAAUUUCGGACUCGGAGUUUUUCACAGUGAUGAGGAACAAGUCGCCGACUUUUUCAUAGCAAAGCAAGUGUCUCCUUGUUUUCCAUGGAUGCCAGGACCGACUCUUGUUCCGAUGGAAGACGAGGUCAUUGUAAAAAAGGACGCCUAUUACCAUGUGUGGGUUAGUAAUGAGAAGUCGUGGUGGAGAACGUUAGAAGUUCAGAUACUUGUCGAAACCGAAUAACAACUACAUUCUAUUCUUCGUAGUCUUUGUCGAAUAGUGAUUUGAUUUUUGUGUGUUUCUGUAAAUAAUAUUUUACAUUCAUAUAUUUAUCCAUUCAUCCCACUCAAAUAAAUUGCGAGAAUUGUAAACUAGAAAUCAAUCGUAAAUAAAAAGAAAUGUAGGCAUGUAUGUACAAAAUACAAAAAAUUGUUGA